AUGGGGAUACUCUCGUGGUUCACCGGAAGCUCUAAGCCUUCACAACCAGAGACGACGAAGACGGAGAUAACUCAGACGACGUCGAAAUUGGAAACUCCGGCUCCGGGGAUGAACGGAGCCAUAGAAGUCCCUCGUCCCGAUCGCGCGACGGUUUUCGAGUUCGGCUCCGUGGCAGCCACCGGAGACAGAGUCACUCUCGCAGGUUACUGCCCCGUCUCCGAUGAUCUCGAACCUUGCCGCUGGGAGAUUCUUCCCGCCGACGGGAAAGACGCGCCGCAGUUUCGCGUCGUCUUCUGA